AUGAUCCGCCGGAAGUCCAGCCAACUCCAGGGACUAAAAAUGCAGUCGGAGCUUGUACAGCACUACGAAUUGCGGCGAGAACCCGAAAAAGACCUCAGCUCAUUGGAUGAAUCGGCCACGCGUAUGGGAACAGGUGUGCGGACCGAAUCCGGGACCGUGGCUUCGGUGGAUGUCGAUAUCGAUCCUGCAGCCAACUUGUUCCCGCCACCGCUGCACCAGCCCCGGAUCUGUAUAUGGAAGUACCUGGACAUCCAUUCCAUGCACAUGCUGGAGAAGACAGCCAGCACUGAGGAGAUGAGGGAGGUGCUGGCUGAGCUGUUGGGACUAGGUUCCCCUGAGAAGAGCCUGCGGGAUGCCAUCACUCUGGACCUCUUCUCCCAUGCACUCAUCUUCUGCCGCCAGCAGGGCUUCUCCCUGGAGCAGACCUCAACAGCUUGUGCCCUGCUCCAAGAUCUUCACAAGGCCUGUAUUGAAACCCCCUUGGGCAACGUGGAGGAAUGUUACCGCUACUUCACCAGUGUUCUUUUUUGCCACGGAGUCAGGCGCCCCCCUUUCAGUAUCGACCUCUUUAAGGAGGAACAGCUGCUGGCCCUGGCGGAUUAUGUGGUGAAUACCUACUUCCGCCAUUUCAAGCUCUACAAAUAUGUCUUCACACCCCAGGUGCGGCUGGAUCUCUCUUUGACUUACAUGGGGCUAAAGCCACCCAGCCUCUGGUCAGAGGAUGAGACAGAGAAAGAAAAGGGAGGAGAAGUGGAACAGCAGGCAGUCAUCACACAGGAGGUGGAACCAGAAACAGUGGUCCAGCCAGAGCCAGAGCCAAGCCAGGUCUCCAUCCUCCGAGCCUACAUCAAGACCCAGAUGAACAAGGAGCUGCGGCAGCUCCAACAACUGGUAGAGGAGCGACUCAAAGCCAGUGAGGAAAGGCUCAGCAGCAAGCUGACCACCCUCGAGCGGCCCCUCCAGCUACCUCCAGGCAAAGGCAAGAACAGGACCAAGUGA